UCGGAUCGAAGCUCUAAGUGGGACUUGCAGCUGGGCUUGGAUUUGAAUUUGGCUUGGCGAACCGAAAGCUGGACGUCUUCACCUGGUUUCAUAAGUGCUCAUAGUUUGGCAAUUUCCCCUUCUCCUCUCAAAAAUUAGUAAGAUGAGUCGGCAACUUGUGAGGCUGCAUCUACCGCUGCUCGUCCUGACCAUGGUGCACUGCAUCGCCGCCACGCCCAUCGCUCCUGCCACGCCCGACGGCGCCACGCCCAUCGACGCCCGCGUCUCGGCCGCCGACUUUGGAGCCCAAGACGCCUUUGAUGCCGCCGACAGCUCGGCGGAGUCCACGCAAGCGGAGGCCAGCGAGGCCGGGUUCAAGAUCUCACUUUUGCCCACUCCGGCUAAAACUGCGGAAUCUGUGAACCUGGAGCAGGAGGCCAUUCCCUCGAAGGUGCUAAGUGUGUACGACAAAAGCCAGAAGAAGCUGGCCGAUCUGGCCCAGCCCGUUCCCAUUUUGGACUCGAUCAGCGAGCACGAAAAGUACGGCAACAAUGGCGACAUGUUCGACGGCAUCUCGCGCUCCAUUGUCAACGGUUACGAGGCCUUCUCCAACCUGCUCAACACCUUCAUACAGAAGCCCAAAGAGCUGGCGCGCAGCGUUACGAAGGGAAUCACCGCUCAGUUGGACAUUAUCGGUGGCAAAUUGGUGGGCCUUUAGGGGCACCUCACCACGACCCCCAUAAUGUUUUUUUGUUUGUAAUUUAAAUAAAUACUUUAAUUUAUUUGUAACUUAGCACGAACAUGUUGUGUAGGAAUGUAUUUCGAUAUAAAUAUUUGUAUGUAUAAAUAAAAUAAUCAUACUCAUAGUAAUAA